UCUAAACUAGAUCUUAACCAGGUCUAAAUUAGGACCAAACUUGGGCUAAAAUAGGACUAUAUCCGUUCUAAACCAGAUCUAAAUCAGAUUGUUUAGCUAAAAUACAGAAGACUGCACUUCUGUAUUUUGUCUUUCAGGUUCCACACUGACCCACACGUGAGUCGAGAAUGGACAAUACUACAUACUUUUUCACAAUUUUAUUUAUACCUACCAUCCCAGAUUUUCAAAAUCUGGUCACCCUAUGUAAACCGCACAGAAAGAGGCGCUUUCUGUACUCAGGUUGGAGCCGAGGGGAGCCCCCGAGUGAGCUGCCCACCCCCUGUGCCCACUGCCCUCUGCUCUGUCCAGACUCACACAUGGAUGCGAGGGGCUACAAGUGGGUGCGAUGGCGUGUAUGGCUGUGCCGGGUGCUGGCCUUAUUGACCGGGGGGCUCCUCGCUUUGUUUUUUUAUUGGCGCCCACGUUUGGGUGUCCUCGCCCGCUGCUCUUCCUGUCCCUUGGCACUGGCGGAAGUCCUCCUCAUACGAGACAGCGGUGACAAGCAGCAUGUAGUAAAAGUUUACACUGAAGAAAUGGAGGAGGGCAGUUGGGAGAUGUUGGGAGAGCUGGAUGACACUGAGUCAAGAGACACUGUUCAGUUGUACCAGCAGGACCAGAAAACGCUGCUACGCUACUACCUUCUUGAUGGACUGCGAUAUGUUUGGCUGGACAGAAAGGGAUCAUUUGUUCGUGUUAGUAUCCUCAAUGAGGACUGGACCUGCCAAGAUCUGCAUGAGUUCCAAAGAGGGCUGAGCCCUCAGGAGCAGAUGUUCAGGAGACAAGUGUAUGGCUCCAACCUUAUAGAUGUGCCUGUGAAGUCUUAUAUCCAACUUCUUUUUGAAGAGGUUCUGAAUCCUUUCUACAUUUUCCAGUUAGCCAGCGUCUGUCUGUGGUUGUCUGAUCAUUAUUAUUAUUAUGCUGUUUGUAUAAUCGUGAUCUCUCUCAUCUCCAUUGGUGUUUCACUGUAUGAAAUCCGUAAGCAAAGUGUUACUCUUCACAACAUGGCCCGUCUGGUUGUAGAUGUUAAGAUCCGUAAAAGCUCAGGAGAGGAGCAGGUGGUGAGCUCAGUGGACCUGGUUCCUGGAGACUGUAUACUGAUCCCUGCUGAGGGUCUGCUCCUGCCCUGUGACGCCGCCCUGCUGACCGGGGAGUGUCUGGUCAAUGAGAGCAUGCUCACAGGUGAGAGUGUUCCUGUGUUGAAAACACCUCUUCCUGCCGGAGAUCACAGAUACAAUUCUGAAAAAGAGCGCCGAUACACACUGUUCUGUGGCACUCAGGUCAUCCAGGGAAAAGGAGACGGGCCGGAGGGCAGCCUCGCAGUCGCUGUAGUAACCAGCACUGGAUUUUUCACAGCCAAAGGAAAUUUGGUGAGCUCCAUUUUGUAUCCUCAGGAUUCAGACUUUCGCUUUAAUCGAGAUGCUUCCAAGUUUCUCCUCUUUCUGGGUUUAAUAGCAUGCAUGGGAACCAUUUACAGCAUUCACCUGUUGGUCAAAUACAAUGCCUCUCUGAAGGACAUCAUCGUCCGCUCCCUGGACAUUGUGACGAUCGUGGUGCCCCCGGCCCUGCCCGCUGCCAUCACCACAGCCACUCUUUAUGCUCAACAGAGACUCAAGAAACUGGACGUGUUCUGCAUCAGCCCUCCUCGUAUUAAUAUCAGCGGCAAAGUGUCUGUAUUCUGCUUUGACAAGACUGGAACUCUAACAGAAGAUGGCCUGGAUGUGUGGGGUGUGAUGGAGGGCAGUAGUGCAGGUUUCUCGGAGCUGGUCCCGAACCCGUCCUGCCUCCCUCCGGGGCCUGUGCUUUCGGCUCUAGCCUGUUGCCACACACUCACUUUGCUGCACGGGAACCCACUCGGAGACCCCCUGGAUCUCAAGAUGGUCGAGUCCACUGGUUGGAUUCUGGAUGAGCCUCAAGGGAAUAGACAAACUCUGAAUUCUGAGUUUGGAGGUCACAGAGUCCUGGCGGUGAUGAAGCCUCCCACAGAAAAGCACACAAAUGCUGUGGCCAUCGUUCGGCGGUUUCCUUUCAGCUCGGCUCUUCAGAGGAUGAGCGUAGUGACUGUGACCCCGGGGGGACAGUCUGUGGUAGCGUUUCUCAAAGGCUCUCCAGAGAUGGUGGCGAGCCUUUGCAAAGAGGAAACUGUGCCAGCACAGUUCACCACCACACUGUCGAAUUUCUCCAAAGAUGGGCUGAGGGUUCUUGCACUUGGCUACAAACCAAUAGCUUUAGACACAGACUUGAACACCAUCCAACGAGGGGAAGUAGAGAAAGAUCUGCACUUUCUGGGCCUCCUCAUGAUGAAGAACCUGGUGAAAACAGAGACUCCCAGUGUCAUUAACAUGCUGAAGCUGGCCAGUCUGCGCACCAUCAUGGUCACUGGUAUGGAUGCUAUGUUAAAGCCUUUCUUCAUAAAUGCAAGUGACAACAUCUUAACUGCAGUGAAUGUUGCAAAGAGCUGUGGAAUGAUUGGUUCUGAUGAGAGAGUGAUCUUUGUCAAAGCUUCGCCCCACACUGACCAGUCUCGCCCCACUCUGAGGUACAGCUUGGCGGACGAUGGUGCUGCUGCUCAGGACAGUAUAGAAAUCAACACACAUGGUCUGUACCAGAGUGGGUAUAACUAUCACUUAGCCAUCAACGGCAAGUCAUUUGCUGUUCUUAGUGACUACUUCCCAGACCAACUACCUAAGGUUUUAAUGAGGGCUACAGUUUUUGCUCGCAUGGCUCCAGAUCAGAAAACCCAGCUGGUGACGGAACUACGAAAACUUAAGUACAGAGUGGGCAUGUGUGGAGACGGAGCCAAUGACUGUGGGGCACUGAGAGCUGCUGAUGUGGGCAUCUCUCUGUCUGAGGCCGAGGCGUCUGUGGCUUCACCGUUCACCUCCAAGAUCCAGAACAUCAGCUGUGUCCCUCUGCUCAUCAGGGAGGGUCGCUGUUCUCUGGUCACGUCCUUCAGUCUCUUCAGAUACGUGGCCCUGUACAGCCUCAUUCAGUUUUGCUCUGUCCUCAUUCUCUACACAAUGAGAACAAACCUGGCAGAUUUGCAGUUCCUCUUCUUUGACUUGGUUCUUGUCACUUUUCUGGCUAUCGUAAUGGGGAAAGGCGGCCCCAGCGAUGAACUCCAUACACGCAGACCUCCAGCCAGUCUGUGGUCUCUCCCAGUCCUGGGCAGUCUCCUGAUCCACGCCUCUCUCGUCGUUCUGGGACAGACGGGAGCCAUUCUUUUCACUAUAUCCCAAGACUGGUAUGUCCCAAUCAAUGGAACAAUACCUGGAGAAGAUAACUGGCCCAACAUAGAAGACACCAGUCUGUUUGCAGUGUCCGGUUUCCAGUACAUCUUUAUGGCAAUAGUUGUGACAAAGGCCCACCCCCACAAGAAACCGCUCUACUAUAAUGGCUGGUUCCUGGCGCUGCUACUGCUUUUCUCUGCACUCAUGAUCUGGCUGGUCAUGUAUCCUGUGGCUUUCAUAAGAAGAUUCUUAUCUCUGUACCCUGUGGACGAUAUGGGCUUCAAAUUUGUGCUUGUCGGUUUGGCUGCCCUCAACUUCUUCACCUGUUUACUGAUGGAAUUGUUGGUAGACCUGGGCCUUCUGAACUGUCUGCGUCUGCUGCGUGGGAGACGCCAGUCCAAGAAACCAUACAAACGCCUGGACUCUCAGCUUUCGGAGUCAUCAUGGCCUCCCUUAAACCAGACCCUGUGCCCCAGCCACAACACAGUCCUCCAUCUGAGCUAGCGUUCACUCAGAACACUACUCAAUCACAGACCUGAACGAGUAUUUUAUGGCCGACUGGGCUUGUACAAUCAUGAUGCAAAUGUACUUUAUGUAUUAUUGUAUGAAUAAAGUUAUUUUUUAUUUAAA